AAUUUAUUUAGUCUGUGUUGUUGAGUUGCAAAGAGAGGUUAUUUUAUGUUGGCCAAUAAAAUCGGUCGUUGUUUCAAGUGUUUACAAUUAUUCUUUUGCCCUUGUGUUCAAGUGAUAGUGAUUGUUUUACUGUCUUUUUAUUAUUUUCUUACAUUCUAGAUAGGCUGCAUAGGAUUAUCAGCUUUACUUGAAUUUUGGACUUUUGGAACGAGAUAGGCACUUUCUCAAUUUUCGACACUUAUGACGCCAGCCAGUCCCAGUCCCAGUCCUAGUGCCGAAAUUGCAACCUUUUUUCGUUGCGCACUGACAUAAACAGUGGAGAGCACUAGUGAAGAGCAAUGGUUACCGGCUAAGACAUCUCCAUAGCCAUUCCAUCGCGGCGACCAUAUGAAUAAAAUUACUUGAAUAGUUUUUCAAUAAUCGACCGAAAAUGGCAGCUUCAGGCAGCAGCAUUGGUAGAAGUGUUGAUGCUCUACUAGUCUCUACAAAUAGAUUAUUAGUACUAGUUGUAGUUCUGACAGCUUCAACUACGCCAUUGAGUGCUGAACUAGAGGGACCAAAUGUUUGCACCAAACUAGAAACCUAUACAACUCAAAUCAGAGUAUCAGAAAACAAGGCUUAUCAAAUAAAAGACUACACAUGGUGUUUGACUCCACCGACAUUUAGGUGUUCAAAGUACAAAGUUAGUUUCAAGCCUGAGUUUCGGAAUGAGACAUUAGUGAAGACGAGACCAGUGGAGGAGUGCUGUCCAGGGUAUGCGAGAACUCAGAACGACAGGUGUGUUGCGGUGUGCCUGCCUGAAUGCAUUCAUGGCUCGUGUGCCGCUCCCAACCGAUGCAAGUGCACCACUGGAUUUGGAGGACCUGCUUGCAAUAUAACUUGCCCCGAAGGCCACUGGGGUGCGUCCUGUGAGAAGCAGUGCCGGUGUGAGAACGGCGCCGUGUGCGACCCGGUGACGGGCGGCUGCGUCUGUCCGAAGGGCUACCAGGGCGAGCAGUGCGCCGACAAGUGUGACGGACGACACUACGGCCAGGGCUGUCAAGAGUCGUGUCGAUGUCGCAACGGAGCCUCCUGCGACCAUGUCACCGGCGAGUGCUCCUGUCAGCCGGGAUUCACCGGACCGCUAUGCGAGGAGAAAUGUCCCGACGGAAAGCAUGGGCCUGAUUGUAAAGAUGAUUGUAGAUGUCAGAAUGGAGGCAGCUGUAAUCCAACCACCGGCGAUUGCAUUUGCACUUCUGGCUGGAUGGGCCGUGUGUGUGGUAACAGAUGCCCGCAAGGAAUGUGGGGCGACAAAUGUACUUCUAACUGUGAAUGCUUCAACGGCGCUGAAUGUGAUCACGUGACCGGAAAAUGCAUUUGUUCGCCAGGUUACAAGGGCACUAAGUGCGCCGACAGAUGUGAGGAAAACGCAUGGGGAAUAAAUUGCAACAUGACGUGCAGUUGCCAGAACGGAGGCGUCUGCAACCAGAUGACAGGUGCUUGUAAGUGCGCGGAUGGGUGGGGAGGCAAGGAGUGCACCAAGCGCACCUGUCCGGAGGGCCUCUAUGGUCCUACCUGCAAAGACGUUUGCCAAUGUGUGGCCGAGAAUACUGAAAUGUGUCACCCAUGGACCGGAGCAUGCGUGUGCCAACCAGGCUGGGAUGGGCAGAACUGCGCCCGGCCAUGUCCCAUGUACAAGUUCGGCAAGGGCUGCUCCAAGAACUGUGAGUGUCACAACGAUGCCCAGUGUCUGCCUACCAACGGCACCUGCAUUUGCUCCGCUGGUUACCGUGGCACAACAUGCAGCGAAGAGUGUCCACCUGGCUUCUACGGACAGGAUUGUGCGCUCAGGUGCCAGUGCAAGAACGGUGCUACCUGCUCGCCGGAUAACGGCCGGUGCAUUUGUCCACCAGGUUGGUUGGGCCAAGAAUGCGAUAGACCAUGCAGUGAGAAUUACUUCGGCCAAAACUGCACUCAGAAAUGUUCAUGCCACAACAAUGCAGGCUGUGAACCCGUCAAUGGUACAUGCAACUGCGCGCCAGGCUACUUUGGUGAGUUUUGCGAGAACAAGUGCCCGACGGGGUGGUUCGGCCGAGGCUGCAAGCAGCAGUGCGAGUGCAUGGUCGACAACAUCAUCAACUGCGACCAUGUCACCGGCCAGUGUCAGUGCAAGAUGAACUGGAGAGGAGUGAAAUGCGAAACGACUUGUGACCGGGGCUUUUUCGGGUCGGACUGUUCGGAGAAAUGUCCGUGCGAGAACAGAGCGUCGUGCGACCAGCAGACGGGAGAGUGUCACUGUGAACGGGGCUGGGAGGGAGAGCACUGUGAACAGGCCUUGUGUCCGGAAGGAUACUACGGUGAUCACUGUAUGAAACCGUGCGAAUGUCCCAAUGAGAACUUUGUUUGUCAUGCAGCUGAGGGGUGCGUCUGCAAACAUGGCUACACAGGUGACAACUGCGACGAGCCUAUGGCGAAGAGAAUAAUUACAGAGAAUGCGCCGCAAGAGAGCAAGAUGAGUAUGGUGAUGUUCGCGUUCUUCAUGGUGAUAGUAGUGGUGGGCAUUUGCGGCAUUGUCGUCUACUACAACCGGCGAGUCACCGAUCUCGAGACGGAGGUCGCCAGGGUCCAUUACAUUGCCGAUCCAGCUGCUAGUGAUCCAAAUCAUUUUGACAAUCCGGUCUACUCGAUGAAGGGACACGAAGACAACUCCAGCCUACUCAACAACCAGGUUCACAACGAUCUAGGUCCGUUCAAAAGCAGCAACCUGGAUAAAGAUGGUGCACAAGCCUAUGGAUAUGGAUCUACAUUAUUGAAAAAUAGAGAAGCGGACGCUAAUAAUCCAAAUGUUUAUCAUAGUAUUGAAGAUCUCAAAUUAGAACACGUUUAUGACGAAAUAAAAGGAAAAGAAACAGCCGAGCAAGAAUACGAUCACCUGGAUUACAGUCGACCUGGGACAUCUUGGAAGCCGCAUUACCAGAGAAUGGCAAACGGCAUGAUAAAGAAGCCUGAGCAGCCGCAAGAAAAACGAGAGGAAGAUAACUGAUGAUAAAGAAAUGCUGCAAAACAGAUUUCGAUUUUGUUUCAAAUGAACAAAGCACUUGACAAGUAUUUGCUAGUCUAUUGUGUUUGUAACAACUAGUUGUAUAUACGAUGAACAAUAGCGGGAAUAUUGUUGUGUAUUUUAUGAUAACUGUGUUAUCUUUAUCUCUGCUACCGGCUAGUUGACUUGCCAGUAAGCAAUAAUUUUCUAUCUUGAACUCCUUUUAAUCAUUUUUUAUGGUAAUCCUGUAAUUGAAUGUGUGUCGUAGUGCGUUUAGAAACCCUUUUCAAGGUUCGAAAACUCCUUAUGAUUACCCUUAGACGUAAACCAAUUUUUAUACCGUAAGCUAAAUGUCUAUUCUUAACAUUGGUAAGGUAUGUGGUACUAUAUUUGUAAUCAUGUAGGCUAUCACUUUGUGUAGAUUCCAGUAAUCAGUAUCAAUUAUCAAUAAUAGAAUAGAUUACAUAAUUUUAUUUUCAAAAUGUAUUUGUAAUUUAUAUUAUUUAUUGUUUUAAAACAGAUUCAAGUGCCAAAAUUGCAGUAAACCACGUCCAAUUUGUAAUUUAUUUUGAUAUUUAUCAAUAAUCAGUGUUGAAUUUACAGUUUUAGAUUGGAACAAAUGAUUUGAUGCGCCCUCUUUUAGAUGUGCAUUUGAAAAAUCCCUUUAAGAAUAUGUGAGGACCAGUGUUUCCAAAAACAAAAAAUGGAAACUGUAUUAAUAAAUGGUUCAUGAAUUACUAGGUAAUGUUUAAACUAUUAUCAUGUUCAUAUUUGCCUAAUAGUUCAAUGGAAUGGAAGUAAUGUUUUAUAAAUAAAAAAAUGAUUGGUAAGAUUCGAGAUUUCUUAGCCAUGAAUUAUUCAAUUUCUGAUUAUAUUGGAACUGAACAUCAUCAAAUAAUAUUAGAAACUAAACACAAAAUAUUUAUAUUUUUACAAUUUUUCACUUUGAAAAUUACAAAAUUCAAACUAUUUGAGAAUUUGCAGCUAAGUAAUGUAGAUAUCGUACAUAUACGGCUACCUGAUUUAUUUUAUCAUAAGUGUAACAUAUUCUAAACUUUCAGUUGAUAGCUAUGUACAAAUACAAGCGUAUUUUUUAUAAAAUUCAAAUAAUAGAUAUAGGCUAAUAUAUUUUUCCUACAGGUACCUUGGAAAGUGACCAUUCCUGCACUGAUUACAGAACGCAAAGAAACACUUUUCCGCUCUAGUGCGCAAAGUAUUACUUUGCGUACUCUUAAUACUUUGCAUAUUAUCUUGCAGCCAUCCCAAUCAGCUGUUGACAUUGUUGGCGUGUAUUUUGAAUGCGAAUUUUUUCUAUCUAUAUUUUUUCUGAUUUUCAAAUAAAUAAAAAUGAGAACUCAUUAAAUUAUACAUUUUGAAUAUUAUUAAUAAAUGAUUCAUUAUUUCAAAUAAUAUUUUUUUCAUUCAUAAAUUGAUUGGUUGAAAAAUUAUUUAGAAAUUAAGAUUUACUCAAAAUUAUUCAAAUUUUCAAAUUAAUUGGAUCAAUUUAAAUUUUUAAUUCGAAUAAAUUAUCGAUUAUUAAUUUUCAAUUGGAUUAUCAAGUUUAAAAUAAAAGUUGUCAUUAAUAACAAAAUUAUACAGACAAACAUUUGAUGGAUUUCAGCCAUCAUUUUACUCAUAAUCAACCACUUUCCAUAGUCAAUGGUAACUGUAGGAAAAAUGUAAUGUGUAAUUCGUGCGCAAAGUUCCUCUGCUGCACUCAAGAAACAAUUCCGCCCUCGCCUACGGCUCGUGCGUAAACGUUUCUUUCGGUGUAGCAAACUGUCACUUUGCGCACUAGUUGCACAAAAAACUAUUUAAAAUCGUUGAUACAGGGAGCUGAAAGUUUUUUAUAUGGCAGCCUUUUUUAUUCUAAUCAACUAGAAUCAAGAUUAGGAAAGUCUUUAUUGGCCAUAGUUGAUGAAAUUUUAAUUCAGUAAAUCUAGACUGAAUCAUUGAGGGUCCAAUUAUUAUUACAGUAUCAAAUAUCACAUUUCAAUGAAAAAUAACAUUUGAAUGAAGUCCAUUGAAAAAAAUCAAACUUUAUAAAUCAAUCGAUUUUCUAAUAAAAAUUUAUUUUGAAAAUUAAGUAUAAUCUUUAAUUAGAUUAGUAAUACUUAUUUCCAUUAGAUUCGAUACUUUGAAACCAUCUAAACCAGUAUUUGUAUUCUUCAGUUUAUUGCAGAUAGUUGAAUGAAAUUUAAAAUGAUUAGUAAAUUUUGAGAAUAAUAUUUAAUAAAUCUUUCAGUUUUUUGUGAAAAAAUGUUCGAAAUUGGACAAAAUUGAUAUAAUAUUAAUAAAUCUUUCUCUAACGAUUUGUUGGAACUAAGACUCUACCGUAAUAAAUAUUAAUAACCUUUUAUAAUAAACAUAUCAUGGUUUUGAAUUUUUUACAUAUCUAGAACAAAAAUCAAGGACCAAAUAAUAUCUAUAUUAUCCUAGAGUCUAUUGACAAUAUCAAUAAUGCAAUUCAUUUUUAAUCUUUGAAUUAAAAUCUAAAGACUGUAACAUUUCCAAGUCUGAUUACUCAUAAAUUAUUAUUGUGUGAGACAUUGGUCAAAUCUAUGAUAUUUCAAGAUCUUGUCAACAAUAAUUAUUAUCAUUGUUUGAAAGGUUUCUUUACCCAUGUUUUUAAUUUCAUAAUCGGUACUGCUUUCUAAUUAUGUAAGCUAUUCUACUCUGACUAGUAAUUUUAUGUGUAUAGUAUCUGUGCUGAUAUACAUUUCAAUAAUUAUUAUGUGUAAGUUCUUGUUGAGAAGAUACACUGUUUUAGUAGUGAAAACUUUAGAGGCAUCUUUUUCAACAUAAGUAUGUUAUACAAUCUGAACAAUGUUAAAGUACCUAUAUUAUUUAUAUUAAUUAGUUUUGAAUGUUGACUUUAUUUGAAGUGGACUUGUAUUUUAGGUAUUCAAUCUAACUACUAUUAUCUGAUGAAAUUUUUAGUCUUCCAUGUCAGUCUUAAUUGUGUGUAGCCUAAUUUAGAAACCAUGUAAUACGAUUAAAUGAGACAUCUUUGUAUGAAUAACAAUUCACUCUUAUUUCAUGCUGUCGAACAAAAUAUUUUAUUUAUUGAUAUUAUUCUAUUGAAAAAAAAAACUGAAAUUUUUAUAUACUCAUAUAUGAUAUUAUGUUCACCAAGAUGCCCGCCCAUUCUCCAAUGUAUUUUCUAAUACUUUAUUUCGGUUAUUUGUUCAAUACUUUCCACAUAAUAUGAGUUAAAUUGUUACAUAAGCAGAAGCUAUUCUAGAAGAUAGUUGAAAUAAAUUUAAGAAUUGGCAGCGCAGCGUUUAUGAAAAAUUUCUGAUAGUAGGCUAUAAUUCUGAAACCAUGAUUGUAUUUAAAUGUUUUAUUAAUUGAAGGCAGAAUAAAUUUUUAUUUUCAAUUAUUCUCAAUCAAAUAAUUUUAAAUAACUUCAAUCCCUGUACUCAGAAACACUUUAUGAAAUCAAUUUAUCUGGUAAAUCGGAUUAUGUAUUUGUUCCGUAUGUAAAAUUCCAUUUCUCUCUAAUCUAAUAGCAAUAAUUUAUGAUUGUAAUAGGUACUCUAUUUAUAAUUUUUUUCUUUUUUUCCAAAAAUAUAUAGCCCAUUUCUUAUAUUUCUUGUUUUGAAUAAUAAUUUAUUUAUCUUGAGAUUACUCAGCAGUGUGAUUUUAAUGUGAUAAUGAUAUGUAUAUUUUAUAAACGAAUAAAAAUGAAAUCUAUGGAUAUUACGAAAAUGUAUAUAUUUUAAGAAUUGUUUAUUAUAUUAAAUUUGUUUUAUGAUUUUGAAUUUUAUUAAUAGUAAUUUCAUACUUGUGUUAUAUUUUAACUCAUUGAAAUGUGUUAAAUUUCCUUGUAAAUUUUUCUAAGAAUAAAAAAAUUAAUAAAAUAAUUUGA